AUGAGUCUUGAACCACUUAGCGAAAGAGAACUUGCUAAAAAAUACCCCAAACGAUCAGAGUUAUUAAAAUCCUUAGGAAUAAAUAUCCUAAAAAGUUAUCCAAAUUCUCUUGCAAACGAUAUUAGAAUACCAGAGCUAGAGAAUUGUCAUGAAUAUAACGAAGAAAUUUUUUUAAAUCCGCCUAAAGCAUUUACUAUGUUAGUGUGUGGUCAUACUCUCCAUCACGACUGCCUUGAAAAAAGUAACAGAGAUAAGCAAAAAACUUGCCCCAUUUGUUUCGUAGAUAAUGAAGGACCGGCGUCAGCUGAAGUUCAGGACGUAGAUAUGACAGAGGCAGUGGAAGGUGAAAGUGAAGAAACCUCUAAUCUAACAGGAGAGGUAAGUAAAUUAUCUGUAGACGACGGUAGAGCUAUCCCCCAAAGUAAAACGAAAUCCAUGGAAUCUGAAAAAGUGCAAGGUUUAAUAAAAGAACUGUCUAUGCCUC